CUCCGGGAUAUGACGAACUCUCGCGAGAGCCGGGCCUCUUCCUAAGCCGGCGCUCCACAAGUCUCGCCAUGUUCAGCUCGAGCGCCAAGAUCGUGAAGCCCAAUGGCGAGAAGCCGGACGAAUUUGAGUCUGGCAUCUCGCAGGCCUUGCUAGAAUUGGAGAUGAACUCGGACCUCAAGGCGCAGCUGCGCGAGCUCAACAUUACAGCGGCCAAGGAAAUCGAAGUUGGCGGUGGUCGGAAAGCUAUCAUCAUUUUUGUGCCAGUUCCCCAGCUGAAGUCUUUCCAGAAAAUCCAGGUCCGGCUUGUUCGAGAGCUGGAGAAGAAGUUCAGCGGGAAGCACGUGGUCUUCAUCGCACAGAGGAGAAUUCUGCCUAAGCCAACCCGAAAAAGCCGCACGAAAAACAAGCAGAAGCGUCCCAGAAGCCGCACACUGACGGCUGUGCACGAUGCCAUCCUGGAGGACCUGGUCUUCCCCAGUGAAAUUGUGGGCAAGCGGAUCCGAGUGAAGCUGGACGGCAGCCGGCUCAUCAAGGUGCACCUGGACAAGGCACAGCAGAACAAUGUGGAGCACAAGGUCGAAACAUUCUCCGGUGUCUAUAAGAAGCUCACGGGCAAGGAUGUUAAUUUUGAAUUCCCAGAGUUUCAGUUGUAAACAGUUGUAAAUGUCACAAUAAAGUAUCAUUCCUAGUACCCUGGUUGAAGUGUUUCUCCCAG